AGGGACAGUCUGUACCAGGGGCGGACUGACAACUCAUGGGGCCCCUGGGCAAUAGGGGAUCAUGGGGCCCCUGUGUCCUUGCCCAAACUCAAAAAAGCCUAUGAAAAAGGAAACAGGGGCCCCAUGAUCCCCUAUUGCCCAGGGGCCCCAUGAGUUGUCAGUCCACCCCUGGUCUUGCCAUGUCCUUUCACAAACUGACACCUUGCCUUGGUCCUUGUCCUUGGAUACAACUACAUCAGUAGGCUUAGUGUUGUAAUAUUUAAAGAGGAUCUGGCAUUCCCUGAUGUGUGCA